ACUUUUAGAAUAGAUGUUAACAUUUUAGUAAUCAUGUUUAAGGCUUGGUUUAGCCCUAUCCUAUAUCUCAGAUAUUUUAUCUCCCUAUGAGCCAGUACACAGCCUGAGAUCCUCUGGCAGGGCACUGUUGACCAUUCCAAAUUCUAGGUUGAAAAUGAAAGGAGACUGGGCAUUUGCAUUAGGGCCCCUAGACUUUGCAAUUGUCUGCCAGAGGAGAUCAGGCUUGUGCUUCUUUUUAAAUCCCUGCUGAAGACACACUUUUAUAAAGAUGCUUUUCAUGUAUGAUUUCAAUUUAGGAUUUUCAAUAUAUGAUUUCAAUUUAUGUUUUUCAUUCUCCUUCCUCCUGUCUUUGUUUCUUUGUUAGUACUUUUAUCUAAUUAUCAUUUUUUUAUGAGGUGAAGCAUUUUGUUACUUGCAUUGCAAAGGUAUUAUUAUUAUUCCUUGUUUUGAUAUAUCAUACUGUACAGGUAUUUGCACAUGGUAGAAAAAGGGGUGCCCUGGCGUUCCUGUGAGAUCAUGAACUGUUGGACUGGGGUCGUUAAACUCCCCAGUAACCCUACACAGCUGUCAUUUCCUCUUCCCCCUACCCUUUCACAGCUGUGGAGAGAUAUACAGAGUGGGGGUGAAGGGAAGAAAGAGCAAAAGAAGAGGACAGAAGAGAGAGCUGGGGGGUUGGGGAUUUCCAUGUUUAGACCUGGCUGGCCCCUCAUACAUAAACACUGCUGACUGGUCACAGGCAGUCAGAGUCCUACUGUAUACAGGCUCUGUAUACUCAGUCAGAGUCCUACUGUAUACAGGCUCUGUAUACUCAGUCAGAGUCCUACUGUAUACAGGCUCUGUAUACUCAGUCAUGGAGAGGAAUACGUGCUCAGCUCAGACUUCUGUACAGUUGGCUCAACAAACCAGUAAACCUGGGACAUCCAAUGGACUUGAUGAGCUGAGUCGUUUGGAACAGCUAGAGCCAGAGGAGUCACUGGACAGAGAGGACCCCCGAGAAUACUGCCAUGGGGGGUACCACCCUGUUCACAUUGGAGACACCUUCAACAGGAGAUACCAGGUUCUGUCUAAGUUGGGCUGGGGAUACUUCUCCACUGUAUGGCUCUGCUUGGACCUCAGGUUGGGCAGGCGAGUGGCCGUGAAGGUUUUGAAGAGUGGAGAAGGAUUCACACAGGCUGGGCAAGACGAAUUGACUCUGCUACGCUGUGCCAGUGGUCCCACUGCUCGUCACCUCCAAAGCCGGAGGAUAGUCCAACUACUGGAUGAGUUUAAGAUAGCUGGGGUCAACGGGGUUCAUGUAUGCCUAGUGCUGGAGCUGCUGGGACCAGACCUCCGCUGUUGGCAAGUCUGUUUUGGAAACCCAGGGCUAUCGCUGUCUUGGGUCAAACAGGUCAUUGCUCAGGUUCUUCAGGCAUUGGACUACCUGCACACUCAAUGUAAAAUCAUACAUACAGACAUCAAGCCUGAGAAUAUACUGUUAUGUUUGGAGGAGCAGAACCCAAAACAGACAGCAGGGGGCAGUGCCUGUCCAUACCCUGGGAAAGAUGCCAAGUCAAGGAGCACAGCAGAGAAGGACCUGGUCACUCCCAUCAGUCUGAAGGAAAUCACAGUAAAGAUUGCUGACCUGGGAAGCUCCUGUUGGGUGUACAAACAUUUCUGUGAGGAGAUUCAGACCCGUCAGUACCGCUCACUAGAGGUUCUAUUGGGCUCUGACUACGGCCCACCAGCAGACAUCUGGAGUGUAGCCUGCAUGGCUUUUGAGUUGGUCACUGGGGAUUCAUUAUUUGAGCCCAAAGCUGGGAAGACCUUUUCUUUAGAGGAAGAUCACAUCGCUCACAUAAUAGAGCUCCUUGGCAAAGUCCCAGCAGCAGUAGCCUUGUCUGGCAAGUAUUCCAUGGAGUACUUCAAUCGCAAAGGUGACAUGCGUCAUAUCGGAGUGCUGCGGCCCUGGGGUCUAUAUGAGGUGUUGGUGGAGAAGUACCACUUCAUGCUGAAGGAGGCCUCUCUGUUCUCUGACUUCCUGUUGCAUAUGUUGGACUUCCAGCCGGAGAGGAGGGCCAGUGCUGCCCAGUGUCUCCUGCACCCAUGGCUUAGCUCCUGAACCCUGGCCCUGGAGCCAACUUGAUACCAAGCUAGUAGAUAAAUGUGUUAUAUAAAAGUGUUAUGCAGAGACAAACACAGUGGUGCUGAGUCACUAAGACUACGGGAAAGAUAUACAGUAUACAUUUUUCCAACUGGCAAUUGCCAAUGUUCCGGGUGAAAUGUACUAUUUUAUGUUCAUUCAAAAGUAAGUAAGACUAGAUUUGUCUCUUCUGAUAAACAAAUGGGGCAUUUGAUUAUCUGUAGUGUAAUGAAUGUAUGAAGUACAAACUUAUAUAUGUGUUAUAUGAUUUACUGAAAUGUAGUACUUGUGCUCAAGACUUUCCACAGCUGUGCUGCACAGUGCACUGCGCCAAUUGUACUACUGUAUAUUUGUAGUUAUUUUUUACAGCAUACAAUAAAUCAUGUUUUGC